AUGAACUUCAUUUUCAGAAAUGUCUUUAGUAAACAACAUUUGUGCUCUAAUUUCAACUAUGCAGCUCUUAACUGCAUUCAAAGGGCCAGGGGCCCCCUGCCGUUGGUUACAUUACCCCAGCCACGUCACCUCCAUGUCGGGGAGCGAGCCUCUCUCACCAAGGCCUUCAGCGCCAGGGACGUGGCGGUCUUCGCCGAGCUCACCGGCGACGUAAACCCCAUUCACCUGGACCCGACCUAUGCCAAGACCACGUCGUUCGAGACGCCCAUCGUCCACGGCGUGCUGAUAAACGGACUGAUCUCGGCCAUUCUGGGGACCAAGAUGCCGGGGAGCGGCUGUAUCUUCCUGUACCAGGAAAUCAGGUUCCCGGCGCCUCUGUACAUCGGGGAGGAGGUUCUGGCUGAAGCCGAGGUGAAGAAGAUCAAGAUGUCCUUCGCCUUCAUCGCAGUGACCUGCUCCGUCAAAGAUAAAGUGGUCAUGGAGGGGGAGGUCAUGAUCAUGAUGCCAGAGGAUCAGCAACCAAGGGCGUGAGGAUGAUGAUGAGGAUGAUGAUGAUGACAGUUGGAGGGAAUAUUGUAGCCUCAAAUCCAGUCUGUUUGUGUUCUACUCCUUGUUAUGCCAAACAGAGAAUGGGUGGAAUGUUAGCACAAACGGACUGGAUUUGAGGCUACAAUAUAUCCACCAACUAGCCUCAAAUCCAGUCUGUUUGUGCUAACAUUCUACUCCUUGUUAUGCCAAACAGAGAAUGGGUGGAAUGUUAGCACAAACAGACUGGAUUUGAGGCUAGUUGGUGAAAAAUUUGUAGUCUCUCUUGACAUGACAGACUUGAGCUAACGUGAGAUUUGGUUCUGGCGGCAGGGAUUUAAAAUAUGUUGUACUGCAAACCUGUACUUUUGUUUAACUGGCUUUUUGGAGAUCCUUUUAUGUUUGUAUGGCUUGAGUACCUGUGUGAUAGACAAUCUAUCCGUCUCACACCCCUCUAGGAACAGCUCAGAGGUAGUGUCUUGUUGUGGGACUGCCUCCGAAGCAUCUUCUGACAAAUGCCUGCUAAAUCAGUGGCACUGGAAUAAUCCUUGUUUUGCUCAUAAUUUUCAAAUAAGCGUUACAUGGUCUUGUGCUCUUGUAUUACAAAUAAUUGCGUAUAAUGUUCUUAGUUUAAAUGAUGAUUUAUUGAAUUUGAGGCUACUUUUGUUUGAUCAAAGAUCCUUCUUAGCUGGUUUGUAAAUAAAUGACAUAAUAAAGACCUCGGUCAAUGUAUAUAAGGCACAUCUGAAUUCCUAAUAAAUGUCAUCUAAGCAUUUUCUA